UGAAAGGCAGAGAACACGACGAUGCGAACGCGCUUUUGAAAAACGGGCUCCUGCUUUCGCCGGCGUCUCGGCCCUCGUGCGCGAGCCCGGAGGGGAGAAGAGGUGUGUAAUGCUUGUAAAAGAGGAGGCGCGUCACCAACCCACUAAAACAGGAAAUGGGGAAGGGAAAAUAGGCUGUGUGUGUGUGUGUGUGGGUCUCUGUGUGUGUGUUCGCGCAUAGUGAGCCCCCCAUUCUCAAAUGAGCGAGCGCGCCUCCGUUAGAGGAUGGCACGCGCUUGAGGGGCUGCGGUCCCAUUGACUGCUCCGUCUCCCUGACAGCAGUGGCAUCAGCAGCGCGGAGGCAGCGAGAGAGAGAGGGUGUGAGAGAGUGAGCGAGCGAGAGAGAGCGCGAGCGAGCUAGGAGCGCCUCGCGGACUCCUCCUAGCCAUCAUCCAACACCCAAGCCCAAGUCUGGUGGCGGGGACAUCUUGGAUCAGCCAACUGAUCUCGCUUCCUUCGGCUCGUGUCACCUCCUGGCGAAGAGAUGGGCUGCCCGUAACGAGUGGUGGAGGGGAGCGGCGGGCAGGCGGGGGGUGGGGGGGAUAGAGAGAGAGAGGGGAGAAAAAGCCGAACAGAAACAAAAGCACAACCGUGGGUGCCCGCAACCAUGAAAGGUUUGCACUGUUUGCAAGAGCUGCCGCUCUUCCCGUGGACUAUGUCGUGAGGAGUGCCUUUCUUCGCUCGGAUUUUCGUCAAAAAAAAAAAAAAAAAAAACGACACGCCAAGGAGGGGUAAAAGAUGUCCGCCUCCGUGGGGCCCCAAAGCGGCCCUCGCCCACCCACAGCGCCGACUUCCAUGCCCGAUCUGCCGGACCUCAGUCACCUCACGGAGGAGGAGAGGAAGAUUAUCAUGGCAGUGAUGGUUCGGCAGAAGGAGGAAGAGGAGAAGGAAGAUGCCAUGUUAAAAAGGCUGCACCAGCAGUUCGAGAGCUACAAGGAGCAGGUGCGUCGGAUCGGGGCGGAGACGCGGCGGCCGCAGGGACAGGCGCAGCAGAAGGACGACGCCCCCACCUGCGGGAUCUGCCGCAAGACCAAGUUCGCCGACGGCUGCGGGCACCUCUGCUCCUACUGCCAGACCAAGUUCUGCGCCCGCUGCGGGGGGCGCGUCUCCCUGCGCUCCAAUAACGAGGACAAAGUGGUGAUGUGGGUGUGCAACCUGUGCCGUAAGCAGCAGGAGAUCCUCACCAAGUCGGGAGAAUGGUUUUCGGGGCGGGGCGCGAAGCCGCCGGGCCUGGGCGCGGCCGUCAGCGACCCCGCCAUGUGCGGUGAGGCGGGGGGGCGGGACAGGAAGGUGCGAUCCCGCUCGCAGAUCCCCCUCGGCGGGGGCCCCCCCACCGACGCCGCGGCGCCCGCCACCACCGCCGUCGCCCCCGGUGACCGCAACAGCAAGGGACCCGACCCCGCCCAGACCAACAUGGCCACCCUGCGGUCCCGCAGCGAGCCGCCGAGGGAGAAGAAGAGGCCGCUGUCCGUCCCGGAGCAGAACGGGAAGGUGGUGGGGCUGCGGGGGGAGCGCCGGCGGGGGCCCGGGAAGCAGCUGUCCCAGACGGCGGAGGACCGGGAGCCGGGGGACAGGCGCGAGGGCCGACGCCUGGAGAAGGGGCGGUCCCAGGACUACCCGGACGCGGCGGCGGGGGCGGGGACGGGGACGGGGGCGGGGGCGGUGGAGGAGGGGCGGAGGCGGCGCGAGGAAGAGGAGCGUCAGCGCCAGCGGGAGGAGGAGUUCCAGACCCGUUACCGCAGCGACCCCAACCUGGCGCGGUACCCGGUGAAGCCGCAGCCCGAGGAGCAGGAGAUGCGCAUCCACGCCAAGGUGUCCAAGGCGCGGCACGAGCGUCGCCACAGCGACGUGGCCAUCAACGAGGUGGGGCUCCCCGAGGGGGGCGGCGGCGGGGACGCACCCCAAAACCGCCUGGGCAGGCAGAGGGGGGGCGAGGGGGAGCGUAAGGUCCUGCUGGAGAACCACCGCUCGUACUCCGCGGACAGGACUGGAGGGGGCGGGGGCGGGGGCGGGGGCGCGCCCCAGCCCAAACAGAACCACGGCCCCCAGCCCCCCGGGCCCCGGGUUGGGCCGGCCCCCCCCGCGGGGCCCCCGAACCUCAGGGAGCCCCAGGACUGGGGCAGGCCCAGCCUCCUGGACCCCGGCUCCGCCGCCCUGCUGCGCAAGGCCAAGCGGGAGAAGAUGGAGAACAUGCUGCGCAACGACUCGCUCAGCUCCGACCAAUCGGAGUCGCUGCGCCCGCCCCCGCCCCGCCCCUACAAGACCAAGCGCGGCGGCCUCAACAAGCGGCAGAUGUCCGUCAGCAGCUCGGAGGAGGAGGGCGGGUCCACGCCCGAGUACACCAGCUGCGAGGACGUGGAGAUCGAGAGCGUCAGCGAGAAAGGUGACUGGGACUGCUAUCCUCUGGAUCCAGCCGUGUGGCACCAUCCCGUCACAUGGCAGCCGUCCAAAGAGGGCGAUCAUUUAAUCGGGCGCAUCACCCUGAGCAAGAGGACGGCCAUGCCCAAGGAGGCCGGGGCCCUGCUGGGCCUGAAGGUCGUUGGCGGGAAGAUGACGGAGACGGGGCGGCUCGGGGCCUUCAUCACCAAAGUCAAGAAGGGGAGCCUCGCCGACGUGGUGGGCCACUUACGCGCAGGCGACGAGGUCCUGCAGUGGAACGGGAAGCCGUUGCCUGGAGCAACGAAAAAGGAAGUUUACAACAUCAUUCUGGAAUCCAAAUCGGAACCUCAAGUGGAAAUAGUUGUCUCCAGGCCUAUUGGAGAUAUACCGAGAAUUCCAGAAACAUCACAUCCUCCUUUAGAAUCUACAGGUUCAAGUUCCUUCGAAUCCCAAAAGAUGGAGCGACCCUCCAUCUCCGUCAUGUCCCCUACCAGUCCCGGGACCCUCCGCGACAUCCCCCAGCUGCUCCCCGGACAGCUGUCUGUGAAGCUGUGGUACGAUAAAGUCGGCCACCAGCUGAUCGUGAACGUGCUCCAAGCCAUAGACCUGCCUGCCCGGCUGGACGGGAGGCCCAGGAACCCCUACGUCAAAAUGUACUUCCUGCCCGACAGGAGUGACAAAAGCAAGCGGAGGACCAAGACGGUGAAGAAGAGCGCGGAGCCGAAAUGGAACCAGACCUUCCUGUACCCCCACGUGCACCGGCGGGACUUCAGGGAGCGCAUGCUGGAGAUCACCGUGUGGGACCAGCCCCGCGUGCAGGAGGAGGAGAGCGACUUCCUGGGGGAGAUCCUGAUCGAGCUGGAGACGGCGCUGCUGGACGACCUGCCGCACUGGUACAAGCUGCAGACCCACGACGUGUCCUCGCUACCUCUGCCCCAGCCCUCCCCCUACCUGCCCCGUCGCCACGGACACAGCGACAGCCCCAGCAAGAAGCUGCAGAGGUCUCAGCGCAUCUCUGACACAGAUUAUGAUGAUCAUAUAGCGCUGGUCACCUCAGCCGCAGAGAGGAACUCGCGGGAGAGGGAGCGCUCCAGCACGCUGACGGUGCCCGAGCAGCAGAGGUCCGCCCAGCUGCGCUCGCGCUCCGUCUCUCCGCACCGGGACGACCCGGGCCGGGCACGGUCCCGCCCCCCCAACGUGCCCAUGCAGAGGAGUCUGGACGAGAUCCACCAGAACAGGCAGUCGCAUUCCCCCUUCCGUUACCAUGACUCCCGCGGCCACCACGAUCACAUGUCCCAGGAUUCCGACCAGGACUACUCCGAGGACAGUGAGGUCCUCAUGACGCGCAGAACUAUCCGUGGCGGGAGUGCGGAGUGCCUGCACACAAACAGGGGCUCAGCUAGACACAGUAGAAUGCUCCCCCCAAAGAUGCCCUUGUUAGUCAAUGGCAUUCAUAAGGAGAUAUACAGUGCCACCCUCCCUGCAUGCUUAAAGACCAAGCCGCUGCUCAGACCGGACGGUGGUGCACCCCCCCGCCCUGCUACCCCACAGCGUGUGCUCAGAUUCACUGACGAGAUCACGCUUAGCGAUCUGCAGCCCUCUCUUGACAGGGUCAAAAGUGCCAGUACCAACUGUUUGAGACCCGAACCCAGUUUCCGUUCGUCCGAACGAGAAAGGGGUUCCCAAUCCCUGCCACGCAGGCGACCAGCAAGCCCCAGGAUUUUAAUCCAGCAUGCGUCCCCCGAAGACGACAGAGCACAUGCACAUAGAAGCCCCUCCCACUCCCCUCCCACGGGGACCCCCACAUCAGGCCGCAGGGGGAGGCAGCUGCCGCAGGUCCCCCUGAAAAGCAGCAGCAUAGAGCAAGCCCUAGCGGUGGAGGAGCGAGCUCGUCAGCUGCAGAUGAAGGUUCACUCCUACAGGACCUCCACCGCCUCCAGCUCCAGCCAGGACCUGGAGCUGGAGCUCAAGACCAAGCGUGAGCUCUACAAGGAGCAGAGGAGGAGCUCCGACAACAUGUCCGCCAAGUCCUCCGACAGUGACAUCAGCGAUGUGUCGGCCAUGUCGAUACAGUCGGAGAGGCCCAGGGGACGCAUCAGGUCCAAGUCCUUAGAGAGCUGCAAUGGGGAGGAGGAGGUGAAAGAGAGGAAAGAGAGGAGGAUAUCGUGGGGGCUGAGUGGCACGGAGGAGAGGAGGAGCGAGGGAGAGAGUCGCCUCUCUGAAGAGCUGAAGAGGAGGCGGCACACCGUGGGGGACGUCAGCCGGCAGAUGCGCGCGUGUGGGCGGAGCAUGCUGAAGAGCACGAGCGUGAGCGGGGAGAUCUACUCACGCGAGCGCACGGACGGCAGCCAAUCGGACACGGCGCUGGGCUCGCUGGGCUCCGGCGGGAAGAAGCGCCGCUCCAGCCUCAGCGCCCGCGUGGUCGCCAUGGUGGGGUCCCGCCGCAGCCGCAGCACGUCCCAGCUCAGCCAGACGGAAGCGGGCAAUAAGAAGAACAAGGGGCAGAUCCAGCGCAGCCAGGAGACGGGCAUGGCCGUGGAGUACCCGCGAAACGCAGUGCCACGCCAGGCCAGCCGCGAGUCCAACAACGGCAGCAUGAACAGCUACAGCUCAGAGGGAAAUCUCAUCUUCUCAGGGGUUCGUCUGGGGGCGGACAGUCAGUUUAGCGACUUCCUGGAUGGACUGGGCCCCGCUCAGCUGGUUGGCAGGCAAACCCUCGCCACGCCCGCCAUCGGAGACAUUCAGAUCGGAAUGAUGGACAAGAAAGGACAGCUGGAGGUGGAGGUGAUCAGAGCCCGUGGCCUCAUACAGAAACCCGGGUCCAAAUCCCUCCCCGCCCCGUAUGUUAAGGUCUAUUUGCUGGAUAACGGAGCGUACGUAGCCAAAAAGAAAACAAAGAUUGCACGAAAAACACUUGAUCCCCUCUAUCAGCAAGCGCUACUUUUUGAGGAGAGUCCACAGGGUAAAGUUCUGCAGGUAAUAGUCUGGGGAGACUACGGGCGAAUGGACCACAAAUGCUUCAUGGGAGUUGCACAGAUCCUAUUGGAGGAGCUGGACCUAUCGAGUACAGUGAUUGGCUGGUACAAACUGUUUCCGCCCUCCUCGUUGGUGGAUCCCACGUUAGCAUCUCUGACUCGACGCGCUUCCCAGUCAUCGCUUGACAGUUCGUCGGGACCCCCCGGUGUUCGGUCCUAGUAGACUUGCGGGAGAACGAAUUACUGGGGGAGGGGGGUCGGGUGGGUUAGAUAGAAAAUAAAUUUUAAAAACUUAGAGCAACAAUCAGAAACAGACAGAAUCACGAUCAAAGCUUUGUUGGAGCCUGACAAUCACUCCUGUAGCUUUCCUUGAUUUUUAGUAGUUUUUUUUUUCUCUCUCUUUUUAAAAUUGUUUGUCAUUCUUUUAUUUCGUGUUCGUUAUGUUUUUUAUUUCUUCAAAAUAAUAAUAAUAAUAAAUAAAUAAAUAAAUAAAUAAAUAAAUAAAAAAUAGGGCUGUCACAGAAAGCGAGUGAAAACUCUGAUGAAGUGAUAACACAGGGAUGAGGUGAUAACACAGGGAUGAGGUGAUAACACAGGGAUGAGGUGAUAACACAGGGACCACAGGGUUUAAAUGCUGAAAGCAGGCCGGUUUUUAUCCCGAACGGCAGCGGUGAGGGACCCGCGCUCGUUAAGCGGUCCUGUCGGACCCUGACCGUCCGGAGGUGUUCCGCGCCGACGGCUGGGUGUGACGUUGCCGUGGCGAUCCUCUUUCCCCGCGGCGGUCGUCCUCCGAGCGCGUGGCCUCUCCUCGUGCGCAGACGCCGCGGGGUCCGGCCCCGGGCCCCGGGCCCCUACCCCUCGGCACAAAGCCCUUUCCAGUCUGUCCGUCACACGCCGCUCUUGUUUUUCCCCACUAUCUUCUCUCUCACUCUGUCUCUCUCUCUCCCUCUCUCUGUUUAUUGCACACUGGCGCUCACAUUCGCAUCAUGAGAAAAAAAGAAAGAGUUUUUAUGUUUUCUGAUGUUCUGCAUGGAAUAAAAAAACAAAGAAGAAAAGGAGAAAAAAAAACUGAAAUGAAAAAACAAAGCAAUCUCUCUGCUACUGAUGCUGGGGACUUUUUAGGAGAAGCAGCGUCACUUUAAUUUUAUUAUUAUUACUGUUGUUAUUAUUACUUUUAUUUUGACAGUGAAACGCUUGCUUGUAGUGCCACUCACUCCGUUGCAUCAUGAACGUGUGGAAUUCGAGCCUCUCUGUGUAGACAGACGUACAUUCUUACCUCCUCUGAGGGGUCGACCAAUAAAAGGGGUUUUAGCAUAAGCCACUUUGAGCUGUCGCCAUGGCGAGGGCCCGCGUGUUGCUGGGGACACUUCGGCCUGCCACGGAGAGAGCGUGAUUAAAAUAAAAUGAAAUAAAAUAAAAUAUUCGGUUCAGUUUCACUGACUGUUUCAGGGGUGGAAACCCUGCACAUGUUAGAGUUUUUAUCAGACUUCUGUUUACAUUAUUUUGAGAUUAACGCAAGCACAAGAGCUUGAUUUUUUACUGCAAAAAGUUUAACUUUUUGAAAAAAAAUGGUGAAAAAAAAGAAAAAAGUCAAAUUAAGAUUUGCUUCGUUUACGUCAGUUUCAUUUCCUCUUUGCCUAGAUUUGUGGGGGAAAAAUAAACAAACAAACAAACAAAAAAAACUAGACAAAAAAAAAGAAAACUAAAUAAAUCAUUCAGAAUUCCCUCAUGCAUUUUCUGUGAAUGUGACAGUUAACCAAUCAGACGGGCUGGGAGAAAGACAGUAGAACACAACCAAUCACAGGCCUCCGUCUGUCCUCACAGUGAGAGGCAGCAUGACUCUGGAACUGUUCCAAGCUGCAUGCACAUUUUGUAAAACAAAGCAGACACAAAAAAAAGAAGUUAUUGAAAUAGAUAUGUGUGUUAGUUCCACAUACCGUAGGCCAGCUUGUAUGUUGCAUGUACUUGUACAGAUUGCUCGUAAUUAAUAUUAAAGAGAUAACCAAGAAACAGAAGCCAUUCAUAUCACGCGUGUAGACGUUUGGUGCAGAACCAGUCCAGAACUUGUCCCUCACGCUGGUUGCCGAAUGUCUCGAACAUUUUUAAAACGUUCUUCUGUUGUAUUUAAUUUACCCUACGGAAGAAAGUGCUCUACUGCAGUACUAAGACAGCCCAAGCUUAGUACUCCUUUUAUUGAACAUGUGUAUGUACACUAUAAUUUACUCUUUUUUUUUUUGGCUGGUACUAAGUAGAAAAUAUAAAUGUGUAAAUCGAAACAAACAAUAUAUGGAGUAUAAAUGAUUCUAAAUUUACAUAAGCGCAUUUCAUAUACGCAUGAAAUGUGAUUACAGAGACACACAUACGCUCACAGGCACUCGACACACAGUAUUUGUCAGAGACAACAGUGUGGAUGAGUGACGCUUGUGAGGAAUACCCAAGCAGAUUGUUUAGGACCAUAGACCACAGGGACUGCUGAGCUGGGCCUGGUCCAUACUGGUGUACCCUGGGGGGAGUGGGGGGGGGGCUUUAAUGUUUUAGUCGUACCAAGUAGCCCAGCUCAACACUGGGCGAUGACACUCCAGUUCUAAAAUAGAUGUCAGAUCACUACACCCCCCCCCCCCCCCCGCCACCCCUCUUUCAUCUGAACCUUCAGAUCAUGUCAUGUAAACAUGUUUAAUAAAGUUCACUUCUCCCAUCCCGUGAGGCUUAUUUCUUUACUUUACUUUUUUGUCAGUAUUCCUGAAAAUAAAAUAUGAAGAAAAAAAAUUAAUUGAUAAAUGCUGAUUGUUUACAAUUUAUGUGUUCCACUGAAACAAAAGAACGUAUAAAAAGUAUUCACUGCAACAUUUCUUGUUUGUAUAACAGAUGUGGCUCAAAUGAUGUGUAUGUUUUAUAUUAAAAGAGUUCAUUUUUAUUAUUUACAAAUAAAAGACUGUGUGGAAGAAAA